CUUAUUAAAGUAAAGUCAUUGUAACUUGUGUAGAAAUAUAUACAUAUUUGUUAUAUAUAUUGGUGUGUUGUGUUCUGUUAUACCAUUGCAUUUGCAGUGAUGGUGCUUUUUGUUUUGGUUCUCCUAUUCUCAUUCUUAAUUGUGAGUUCUGAUGGUCAGCUUCAAGUGGGUUUCUACUCCAACACAUGUCCUCAUGCAGAGUCCAUUGUCCAAGCCGUUGUUAGAGGUGCUGUUGCCUCUGAUCCCAACAUGGCUGCUGUCUUGCUCAGGCUUCAUUUUCAUGACUGUUUUGUUGAGGGAUGUGAUGGUUCAAUUCUGAUAGAGAAUGGUGAUCAAUCAGAGAAGCUAGCAUUUGGACAUCAAGGGGUUAGAGGGUUUGAAGUGAUAGAAAGAGCCAAGGCACAAUUGGAAGCAUCUUGUCCUGGUGUAGUUUCUUGUGCAGACAUAGUGGCAUUGGCAGCUAGAGACUCCAUAGUCAUGGCAAAUGGGCCAGAAUACCAAGUUCCAACUGGGAGGAGAGAUGGUUUGGUUUCCAAUAUUUCACUUGCAGAUGAUAUGCCAGAUGUUCGUGAUUCAAUUCAGCAACUCAAGACCAAAUUUCUGAACAAGGGCCUCAUAGAUAAAGAUCUUGUGCUUCUUAGUGCUGCACAUACAAUUGGAACCACAGCCUGUUUCUUCAUGACCAAAAGACUGUACGACUUUUUCCCACCAAGUGGGGGAUCAGACCCUGCUAUUAACCCAAACUUUCUCCCACAGCUGAAGGCAAAGUGCCCACAGCAUGGAAAUGUUAAUACCCGCCUAGCCAUUGAUGAAGGGAGUGAGCAGAGAUUUGACAAGAACAUCUUGAACAACAUAAGGCAAGGUUUUGCUGUGCUAGAAUCUGAUGCCAGGCUCAAUGAUGACAUAUUCACUAAGGCUAUCAUUGAGUCCUACUUUGGUCCCCUCAAUCCAAUUUUAGGACCUUCUUUUGAAGCUGAUUUUGUUGAGGCAAUUGUGAAGAUGGGCCAAAUUGGAGUCAAGACUGGUUUCCUUGGAGAUGUUAGGCGCGUGUGUUCAGCAUUCAAUUGAAGUGAUCGAUGGAAUACAUCAAUUGUUUACCAAGAUUAUUUAUAUUAAUGUAUGGUAUCAGUAGCUAUGUAAUUAUUAAUAUUCACAUAUUGUGAUGUUUUCUGGUACAACAUUACGACAAAAAAGUUGUUAUUUGUGGCACUGUUAGUUAAAUGCCAGUAUGACUUAUUCCCA